AUGCCUGCUGACUCAAAUUUGAUAAUAGCAGGGGAAGCAGUUAAAGAAAGUUUGUUUCAAAGUUUACCAGAGAGAUCGAAACACGAGGAGUUCAUUCGGAGAGCAGUAGACUUGUUGGUGGAGAGAGUGGUGUUUGGAAGGUCCCAGAGAUCAGCGAAGGUGGUGGAGUGGGCAGCGCCAGAGGAAAUCAAAACUGUAAUAGAUUUGAAACCAAGGAAGGGGCCUAUCUCUCACGAUGAGUUAUUGGCAGUAAUGGCUGAUGUGGCCCGCUACUCAGUCAACACUGGACAUCCUUAUUUCGUCAACCAGUUGUUUUCAACGGUUGAUCCAUAUGGGCUAAUUGGUCAAUGGUUGACAGACGCGCUAAACCCGAGUGUGUACACGUACGAAGUUGCACCGGUCUUUACACUGAUGGAAGAGGAAGUGCUGCGUGAAAUGAGAAACAUUGUCGGCUGGCCAGAGGGUGAUGGCGAUGGCAUCUUUUGUCCAGGUGGAUCCAUUGCAAACGGUUACGCUAUUAGCUGCGCAAGACAUCAUUUCUAUCCAGAAGUAAAGAGCAAAGGUGUGUAUGCCGUGCCGAAGCUGGUCCUAUUCACAUCUGAACUUGCGCAUUACUCAACUAAAAAGAUGACUGCGUUUAUGGGAAUCGGUAGCGACAACUGUAUCCUUGUAAAAGCAGAUAAAUUUGGAAAAAUGGAUGUUGAAGACUUGGAGGCAAAAAUCGUUGAAGCAAAAGAUACAGGAGCUACUCCUUUUAUGGUGACGGCAACGUCGGGCACGACUGUUUUUGGGGCUUUUGAUCCUUUAGUACCAAUAUCGAUGCUGUGUAAGAAAUACAACCUAUGGCUUCACGUCGAUGCGGCUUGGGGUGGCGGUGCUUUGAUGUCGAAGAAGCAUAGACACCUUUUAAACGGCAUAGAUCUAGCUGAUUCAGUCACAUGGAAUCCACAUAAACUACUGGCAGCGCCGCAACAGUGCUCUACGUUCCUGGUCAAACACAAAAACGUCCUCAAGGAUGGGCAUUCAUGCAACGCUAAGUACCUAUUCCAGAAGGAUAAAUUCUACGAUACUUCAUACGACACCGGUGAUAAGCAUAUACAAUGUGGGAGACGCGCUGAUGUCCUUAAAUUUUGGUUCAUGUGGAAGGCAAAAGGCAGUGUUGGUUUUGAGCAGCACAUCGAUAAACUCUUUGAGAAUGCAAAAUACUUUUUGGAACACAUUAGACAAAGGAGCGGCUUCGAACUCGUGCUCGAAAAACCUGAAUGUACCAAUAUUAUGUUCUGGUACGUGCCUAAUUGUCUACGCGGAUGCGAGAACGACCCUAAUUAUAGAGAAAGGCUCCAUAAGGUCGCCCCGAAAAUUAAGGAAAAAAUGAUAAAGGAAGGGAGCAUGAUGGUCACGUACCAGCCGCAAGGUAACCUCGUCAACUUUUUCCGCAUUGUUUUUCAAAACUCGGCUCUAGAUCAAAAGGAUAUGAUCUAUUUUGCAAACGAGUUCGAAAGGCUCGGUUCAGAUAUUGUCGUAUAG